CCCUUCCGCUCGCCCCUCGCUCCCUUUCCCUCAGACCUCGGCUUCAUCCGCCCCGUCGGCCCUCGUUUUCCCGCCGCCCAGGCCGGUCGCAUCCCAACGGAUUCCUCCAGACCGGCGACACCGAGGAAUUGCGGGUGCUGGACUUGAGCGAGCAUGGGAUGGCGAAGGGAUGGGUAAGCCGGGGUGAAGGGAAGCCGAACGAGGGAAUUUAGCCAAGGACGGAGAAGGAUGGACGAGCGGCGGCCCCAAGGAAUGGAGACUUCGCAGCCGGAGGAGAUGCCGCCGGUUCCGCCCGAAACAGAGGACAGGCAUAACCUUGAACUGGAAGCUUUACGACUGAGUUUGAGUAACAUGCACACAGCUCACCUAGAACUGACUCAACUCAAUCUGCAAAAGGAGAAAGAAACCGCCCUGGUGGAACUUCGAGAUGCACUCAAUGAUAAACAUGCUCAGGAUAUGGCGCUUCUGCAGAAAAGGCAGCACAUUGAAUUGGAGAAUAUAAAAGAACAACACCUGAAAGAAAGAGAAGAUACUUUAUUGAAGCAUAAGCAAGAAAUUGCUGACCUGAGAACAAGAUUAGAAGUGGAAAAGGAGAAUCAUGUCCAGAUGGUAGAGGCCCUCAGAAGAGAUUGGCAAUUGGAGACGGACUUGCGCUUAAAAAACUUGCAAGAAGAACUGACUGAAGGGCAUCAGGCUGAAAUGGAAAAUGUGCAAAAGGUUCUGAAAGCCGAAUUUGCAGAGCAGCGGGCUGAAUUGGAGAAGUUUUCCCAUUGCAAAGAUCAGGCUGAACAGUUGAGAGAGCAGCUCUUACUGCGUACAUCACAUGUUGAAGAAAUAAAACAUUUGAAGCAAGACUUCGAACUGCAGCUGCAACAAGUAAAUAAAGAGCAUGAAACUGAAUUAGAACAGUUAAGACUUUAUUUUGAAAAGAAGUUGAGAGAUGCUGAAGGAAGUUACAGUGAAGACUUAAAUUUGUUGCUUCAGAGGUUGCAGGAGAUGAAGGAAGACUCUUUAAUGGAGUGUGCAGAAGUCAGUUCAUCUGUUGAAUUUUUGGAAGAGACAGCUGAAAAAGAAAGAAAAGAUCUCCAUGAGCAGCUCAUGCUACAAUUAGAGCAAAAUAAGGAGGGGUUUAUUAGUUUGCAGCUGCGCUUAGAAGAAAAACACAAGCAGGAACUGGAAUCUCUACAGUCGUCUCUUGCCUUGCAAAAAGAAGACCUUCUGGAAAUGAAGCAGGCUCUCUCGGACAGGUACACCCUGGAGAUUGAAGCACUGAAAAAGAAGCACUGCUUAGAACUUGAAAGGCUUCGAGCCAAGCUCUCAGAGGAACACAUCAAAGAAAUUACCAAGAUACAUCUACAGUGUGUUCAAGACUCUGCUGGUCACGUUAAAGAAGAGGGAGCAGAAAAUGUACUGGAAAAUGACCACAAAGCUAAACUCUUGCUUCUUCAGUCUGAGAUGCAGCAUACUUCUGAACUGAAUGAAGAAAUAGAACACUUUAAGAGAGAAUUACAGGACAUCAUUGUUCAGCAUGAAAGGCAUCUAAAAGAGGAGUUAAAAAAAGUAAAGGGUGAUCUUGUUGAAGACAACCAGAAUAAGAGAAAGGAAGGCCAAGAAGAUAUUCAGCAAGAGGAACAAAAGUGCAGGGGAAAAGAGGAUGAAUGGGAACUUACGAAAGAGGAUCUGAGAAGUCAGACGGAAGAAAAAUUGUCCCUGUUGCUCUUUAAACUGAAGAGAAAGGCUGAAUUUGAGAAGCAGGCUAUAAGGAAACAGUUUGAGCUCCGAGAAGCAGAAAUGAAGCAGUUGCAAGACCAGCAGGCCACCCAGAUCCUCGAACUGGAGAAGUCCUUGAAAGAGCAGCAGAAUAGUUUGCGGCAGCUAGAAGAUAACCUGGCUAAGGAAGAGGCUGUACAAAAAUUUCAAGUUCAGUAUGACCGAGAACUGGAGGCUGCUAAAGCACUGAUGGCGAAAGAGUUGGAGGAUGCCAGGCUGAAGCUACAAGAAGAUAGUGCCUUAAAAUUUCUGGCUACCCAGAAAAGGUUUUUGGAAGACCACAAGGAAGUACCCAACCAAUUCUCAGCAGAACAAGAGGCUUUCAUCCAGGAGCUCAAGGGGAAACAUGCCAGCGAACUCCAACUACAAAGUCACCAGCUCCAGGAGAAGCAAAGGCAAGAUACCUUGUCCCUGAUGGCUGAGCUGCAGGCAAAGCACCAGUCUGAGAUGGAUGUACUUCAAGGUACGCUGCAGAGAGAGCACCAGGUACAUAUAGAAGCGCAGUUAACUGAGUUGCGGGUCAAGCACGCUGCCGAAAUCAAGGAGCUGGAAAACAGACACUUGUCCAAUCUAGAUUCUUUGGAGUCAUCGUACCUAUCUGAAAUUCAGACCAUACAGAAUGAACACAGACAAGCUCUAGAAAGGCUACAGGUGGGUCUGGAGGAGCAAUUGCAAGAGAAGGACUCUGUAGAGAAGCUCUUCGCCGAAGAGAUAGAGCAGCUAAAACUUAAGCAAAUUGAAGAGCUUCAACUCGCGCGGGACAAUCUAAAAGCCGAAUUGGCCAGGAGUCACAGUGAAAAACUUAAAGCCAUGGCUGCGGAGCUAGAAGAUGUUCAUAAGGAGAAUUUAAAUGUUGCUCUUCAAAAUCAAAGAUGUUUGCUAGAGGAAGAAAACCAUAAGGCUUUGGACAAGUUACGUGAAGAAGUGCUGAACAUGGAGGAACAGCAUCAAAAAGCCCUGCAGGAGCUUCAGAAUAUCCAUGUCACAGAAAUUCAGAAGCAAAAAGAAGAAUAUUUAGAACAGCUGCAGGACCUCAGCAAGCUGAGAGAACAGCAGGAACAUGAUCAGAAGUUGCAUGCCCACGUAUCAUCCUUAAAUGCUAAAAUAGAGGAGACGACUUCUGAAUUGGAAAGACUCCAGCAACGACGAAAAAGGGAAAACCAGGAAGGAGCUAACUUGAUAUCUAUGUUGAGAUCGGAUAUUGAACUGUCUCAGAAUGAACGGAAAACACUACAGGAAACCAAUCAGCGACUUUUGAAUUUGUUCGGGGAAACAAUCCAAGCUAUCAUUGCCAUGAAGAGCCAUAUCCAUAGGAAAAUUGGUCACUGCCUUGAUGGUAUCGAUUCAUUUGGGGAGGAAAACGGUCCUGUGCUGGGAGAAGGAGAUUCAUCCCAGGAUACAUGUCAGUUACUUGAUGAAACGUUACCUGGAAGUGACGUAGCGCCCGAAUGUAAAGUGACAACUCCUGGAGGUCAUGAAACUCUCCUUGAAUGUGGCAAGACAUUACUUGAGCAUGACCAGAUAUCUUCUGUAGCUGAAAUAAGUAGUCAUUUAUGUGAAAGUUUUUUUAUGAACCCAGAAAGUACGCUGGAGUGUGAACAACCGGUUAAAAGAAUUUACCAGAGUCUUGGCGCUGCCGUGGAUAAUCUUCUAGAGAUGAUUUUGGAUUCCACUAAACAACUGGAAGAAACGCGUGAAAUUCACUCUCAGUUUGAGAAAGAGUUCAACCGUAAAAAUGAAGAGAUUGCUCAGGUGGUAAAACAGCAUAAGGAAUUAGUGGAGUGCCUAAAUGAAGAAAGUACAGCCAAAACCCAGCUAACACUGGAGCUUCAUAAAGCUGAAGGUAUCAUUGAGGGCUACAGAGCAGAGAAAGCUGCCCUAGAGGAGAUGCUGAGCCAGAAAGAAAAGUCGGAGCACCAUCUUGUUGUCGAAUUGGAGAGCUUGAAAGAACAGUUCCAGUUGUUGACAUAUGAACAAACAAAACUUGGGGAGGAACGGAAUCUUUUACUGAGUCAGAAAGAAGCUCUGGCUGCUGAGGCAGAAGAAAGAGAAGUUGGUGUUCCUGUUGGUUCUGUAGUACAGAAGGAUUCAGGUUUACUUAAAAAAGUGGAAUGUUUAGCCAAAGAGCAAACGGAAACUAAAAAGCAGUCGGAAAAAGAUCGUUCAACUUUGCUUUCCCAAAUGAAAGUCUUGGAGGUAGAAUUAGAAGACCAGCUCUCCCAGAAUCAAGAACUUGCCAAGAAGACAGCAGAGAUUAUGGAUCUCAAGCAGCAGAUUGUUUCUUUAGACAAACAUUUACGAAAUCAAAGACAAUUCAUGGAUGAACAAGCCAUUGAAAGGGAACACGAACGUGAUGAGUUUCAGCAGGAAAUAAAAAAGUUGGAAGAGCAACUCAAAUACACUACAAAAUUCCAGUCGGUGGGAGAAUUUAGACCUAAUGAGAACUUUGAGUUGAAUACUGAGAUGGAGUCGUUACAAAGAAAAUUAAGAGAUAAAUCAGAUGAAUUAAAUGAAUUGAUUAUAAAAAAAGAAUUGGCAGACAGACAGUUGAUAAUCCAGAAGGAUGAAAUUAAAAUCCUAGAGGAGACUAAUGCAGAAACUUUAAGAAAAGUUAGCUGGCUUCAAGAGGAGUUGGACAGACUGAAGAAAAUUGAAAAAGAACUGAAGCAAGAUAGAGAGGCAUUGCAAGAACAGCAGCUCAGUACCUUGAUUCAGAUUUCAACAUUGCAGUCUAAACUGGAUGAAGUGAAGCAUCUAGGACCUGUUCAGAGCAGUCCUGAGCAGGAUCUCAAGGAACAGUUAAAGGCAGAACAAGAUGCUCUACAUAUGAAAGAGAGAGAAGUUCUGAGCUUGGAAGAGCAAUUAGAACAGUUAAAGAAUAAUUUGAUACAUAAAAAUGAGGAUAUGGUGCAGCUAAACUUGCAGUUAGACCUGCAGAAUAGCCUCAUGAUUGCCAGUGUCAAAGAGCUUCGAGAAGAGAACACUCACUUAAAGGCAUUUCUACAGGACCGAGAGCAGGAAAUUAUUUACUUGAAUGAACAGAUCAAGAGGCUGCAGCAGGAGGUAGAGAACGCAAAGGAUAAUGAGGUUGUGGAAAAGAAAAAUUCCGAAAUAGAAGAACUAAAGUCCCGUAUUGAAAACCUGCAAGAGAAUCAAGAAAGAUUACGAAGGGAUAAAGUGGAAGAAGUUGAACAGCUUCAUGAAGUAAUUGAGAAGCUUCAGAAGGAGCUGUCUGUAUUUGUCCCUGAAGUUCAUGAAAUCAGUGAUAGCCGGGAUAGUUUUAAUCACCCCAAGGUUGAAAAUCUCCAGAGUGAAUUGGAGAAGGGGUUAUUAGGUUUUCAGGAAAAAUUAAGUGAUGAAAAAAUCACACGGCCAGAUUCCCGUUUGCGUGAGCUGCAGGAGGAACUGGAAACUGUAACGGUUGCUAAAGAAGCCCUUGGCCAACUACUUAAAGAAAAGCAAGAUCAGUAUAAAUUACAGGUGGAAUCUUUGAAGCAGAGCCUUCAAAACGCUGAAGAUAAUUCAAUGCAACAGUUGAGCCUUUUGAGGACACGUUUAUCUCUAAGGGACUCCGAGGUAGAGUUGAUGACCUCUCGCAUUCAAGAACUGGAAGAUAUUCUGCGAGCUAAGGAAACUCUUAUUUCCGAGAGAGAAUUGGAAAUCGACACUACGAACAAAGAAAAAACAACACACUUCGCUCAACUGGAGGAAGUAGUAGCCGCUUUUUCCCGACUUCACUGUGAACUGGAAAAGAGGAAUUCUCUCUUUCGGGAUGAACCUCCGGAACUUCAGCUGCUUAGGUCUGAGUGCGUUAACCUUCAUUUGAAGCUGCAGAUGCUUAAUCAGAAAUUAGUAACUUACCAAAUGGAAUUAGAUAAACAUCAAGUGUGUGGUUCCCAGUGUAAAGCCCAAAUUCAGGCAGACGUGAAGCAACUUGAUGCUCUUUCUACUCUAAAAAUGCAGUUGCGUUUGCAGUUUAGAAAGGAAGAUGAUCAUCCAGAAGGAGAUAAUCAGGGCCUGAGGGAACAAUUAGAAGCUCGGUAUAUUACCCAGGAAAUGUCACAAGAAGAGUCAGAUCAAGAAGCAGAGAAGUGGCCGCUAGCAGCUGCCUCCUAUUUGCCACUCGGCGAUGAUUUGGUUAAAAAUAGACUGACUGAAGAUUUUCAGUUCCAGAGAGCAAAUAUACUAAAGCAGGUGAAACAACUUCAGGAGAAGCUAAAGCACCUAGUGUCAUCCUCAGCCUUCAAGACCAACGAGACGGAAGAUGUUAACCAUCAUCAGCAAGUGUCAGAAUCCUGUGAGGAAGCUCAUGUGUCAAAGAAUCGUUUGAAUAACGUUCCACAGAGCUCUGAAACCACCGAAAAGUCACCACUUCUAAAAGAUCCAAUUUUAGAUCUAGACAGAACUUCAAGCAGUCCUUUUGAAGUUGCAAAGAGCCAAGAUUCUGCCACGCAGAAGAAAAUAUCAAGUCUUCCCAUUCAGAAGAGACGGGGAUCUCGGCACGCAGCGCUUGUUUCAAAAACCAAUUUGAACAGCGUGUCACCUACCCAGGAACACACUGAGACUUCACAGCACUUCACCGAUGCAGUUAUGGAUGUGGAUUUAGCCUUAUGGAGCUCACCUGAAGCCAUCAGAAACGAUUCUGUGCUAGGGUACCAAUCAGAUGUCCGCUUGACACCCUUUUCGGAUGCCAUCAGUUCCCACAGCGCAGAUUUAGCAAUGAGGAACUCUAGAUCUUCAGUUUUUCAAAAUAUCCCUGGCUUACUGGACUAUCCCCACGAUGCAAUACAGGAAAAGACCCUGCAAAGAUUAAAAUCUACACCUAAGUUGGGAAAUUCUUCUUCAGCUGACUCCUGCGAUGCGGAAGCGGUCAUUUCGGAGAAAGAUGAAGACUCUAUCCUAACCCCAUCGGAGUUUCAAGAUGAUUUAAGAUCAACCAGACCUAUUCCAGAAAGGGAAAGUGAUGGUUAUGACAGCAGUAACAGUUUGGAUUCGGCAGCGAAACCGACCAGAGUUUCAGAAAGAACUGAACAUCUUGAUGCCAAUCUUGAAGCUUAUCUUCGGAACUGUGAAAUGGUUCAGGGAUUUAUACACUCAAUGAAAGACAAGGAGAUACAGUCACAAAGAAUGAAGACUUUGCUGAAAAUGGUACAUGAUGAGAGUCACCAAAUACUGGCCUUGUCAGAAAAUGAAAUCCCUCCUCAAGCGCAAAGAUACAACCAGUGGAACGCCCUGUUUGAAAGGUUUCAGAGGGAGAGACAGGGUUUGUUAGAAGCAGUAAAGUCACUGAGGAAACAUCUUACUCAAGUGCCUCAGGAAGGAGCAAAGGAUUCUCUGGAUAUAUGCCUUGAUUGGAGAGGUGAAUUUCUGCAGGCCGUUCAGGAAGUGUUUGAGAAAGAACGAGAUGUGUUGAAAAACGAGUUGCAGUCAAAUACUUGGAACCCUGAAUCAGGGGACAAGAAGUCAUUAUUUAAAAAGCUGGAGAAUAUUGUUAAAGAACAGGGAGAAGAACAGAAAAAGGUUUUGGAGCAUCUUCACAUGUCCGACAGGAGCAGCUUAUUGUCAGAAAUCCAGGCCCUGAAAGCUCAGCUCCGAAUGACUCACCUGCAGAAUCAAGAAAAGCUGCAGCAAUUGCACGAAGCUCUAACCAACGUCGAGGAUCAUGGAAACAAGCAAGAAUACCAACUCAGGAGACAGGUUGAAUUAUUAGAUUACAAACUUCAGCAGGAAACGUGCAUAGCAAGUGACUUGCAGAAGUCCCUCGAAGGAGAACGAGAGAGAGUAGCCGAAAUCCAAGAGCUUCUGGUGACGGAACAAAGCGCCGUAAAAGAUUUGAAAUCCGAACUGGGCGAAUGUCAACGGGAAAACGAAAGUCUGUUAAAGACCCUUAGGGAACUUCAGAAGGAAGUCAUUCGGCUGAGAUCCUUGUUGGAAAGCAAAGAAAAAGAUUUGAUUGCGGCGAUUCAAGAGUUACAGAAUGAACAACUGAAAGGGCAGGAUCUUCAAACUACGUUAGAGCGAGAGCAACAUCAGUAUAUGCAAAGAGAAGAACUAAAGGCAAAGACAUUAGAGGAGUUAAAGACUUCUUUGGAUACCCAGCACACUCAGAAUAAUCAGUUGUCCAUUGCUUUAAAGCAUGAGCAAAUGGCGAAAGAGAACCUUAAAAAAGAACUGCAGAUCGAAUAUUCUCGUUGCGAAGCUUUGCUGUUCCAAGAACGAAACAAACUUUUAGAACUGCAGAAAAGCUUAGAAACAGAAAAGAGUCAUUCAGCAGAGCUCUCCGAGGCUUUGAACCACGAACGGAUUUUGACCGAACAGCUGAGCAAGAGAGCAAGUGAAACGUGUGCUCUUAAAGAAGCACAGUCCCAGCAGAUUUUGGUGCGAAAACUGAAGGAAGAGAAAGCCCGGACGAUGGAAUUACAAGCAGCGCUCGAAAAAGCGCAGCAGCAAGCCGUCCGUGCCAAGAAAAAGCUGGAGGCCGAGAUACAGGUGCACCGCGAAGAAAUGAAAAAAGAAAAAGAGCGUGAGCUGGAAUUGCAGCAUCAGAGGGAUGAACACAAAAUAAAGCAACUCCAGCAGAUGCUAGUCAAGUUGGAAGAAAAAGAAAGACACUUUGCCUCAACUAAAAAUUGUCCAGAAGCAGCUGUAAAACCUGAUUGCAGUGAUGACAGCAGUCCUGGAUUGGCCUUUUUUCCUGAUUCUGAGAGACUUGAAAAUCAGCAACUAGAGAAGAUACGACAGCAGUUGCUUUACGUUGCGAUCCUCCUAACCAACUUUAUUAACCAAACCAUAGACAGAACAAUUAACGAUUGGUCCACCUCAAAUGAUAAAGCUGUCUUCUCUUUGUUGCAUACCUUAGAGGAACUGAAAUCAGAAUUGCGUAUCUCUUCCACACCUCAAAAAACAGGCCAGGUUCAGGUCAGUCUGGUAGACAGCUUACUGAAAGAAAAUGGAUCACUCACGAAGACUCUUACAACACUGACCCAGGAGAAAGUACAACUGAUCCAAACUGUUCAUAAGCUUGAGAAAACACUGAAGCAUCAUUUGCAGAAGGGCUGUGGACAGAUGAGCAAAUACAUAGAUCGUAUAGAUGGCGGUCCGUCACAGAAGUCUGACAAGAACGCCUGGAAACGACAAAAGAUGGCCAUACAGAGUUCACUGAAGCAUGCUGAGCCUGGACCGAUGAAGUCUGUUUUGAGGAAUGAACCAGGCCCUACUGUGCGCACUUCUAAUAUUAAAGUGGAAAAGUUAUAUCUACAUUUCCUGCGAGCAGAAAGCUUUAGGAAAGCGCUGAUAUAUCAGAAGAGAUACCUCUUGCUGCUGAUCGGCGGAUUCCAGGAAUCUGAACAAGAAACGCUUUCAAUGAUUUCACGUCUGGGCGUGUUUCCCUCUAAAGCAGACCAAAAGGCUGUACCUCCUCGUCCUUUUACAAAGUUCAGAACUGCAGUGAGAGUAGUUAUUGCAAUACUGAGAUUAAGAUUUUUGGUGAAAAAGUGGCAAGCAGUUGAUCGAAAAGGAGUCCUGACUGGAGGUACCGAACUUGACACAGUACCUGGAGAAAUAGUAGAAAUUACAAAACAACCUUUACCUGACGCAAGAGAUUCACCUCCCACCCGGGAUAUUUCCUUAGGCCACACAGCAAAUUGCAAUCAAGUCACGAAACCACAUCCUGCACCCGUAAACCGAUUUUGGGAAAGAUCUAUUUCGCCUCCAAGUCCAGUUUCAGAAAAGUCAGUAGCUUGUUCUCAAGAUCCUGAACGUUCAUUAACUGAAUACAUUCAUCAUUUAGAGAUUAUCCAGCAGAGAUUAGGUGGUGCACAGUCUGAGUUCACUUCUAAAAAUCCCGCCGCCAAAAGACCAAAAAAAUAAGCCAGGCCGGCCGAGUUCCCAAGUGUGGCAGUUCGAUCAUCUUGAUGCAACCCAAGGUUGAAGGACAACAGAUUUUUCCGGCAAUUACUGAGGCUUUCUAUAUAAUGACAUCAGCUUGUGACCACUGUGAAUUAAAAGUGCUGGGUUCUCUGCGCAGUGUUGCUGAAGUAUAAUUUAAUGGCUCUGUUUGGUGGAUGUUCAUUUCCGCUCUUAGGGCAGUGUAUAUUCUUGUGUGGUGACAGUAAAAGUUAACAGCUAAAUCAUGCCUUGCCUACACUAGUGUAAACUACAAAAUGACUAUGUUUAUUUUUCUAAAGUGCAUAGCUGUAUGCCUUGUAAAAACAUUAAAUCUGAAGUGCCAUUGAUUUGUGAAUGGCCCCUUGGCGAUGUA